GGGGCGGCGGGCUCGCCAUGAGCUCGCUGCGGCUCCUCGUCCCGCGCUGGUGCCGCGGUGCCUUCCCGGCCGUGCUGCGGGCGCGGGGCGCGGCCCCCGGGGGUGGCUCCGGGCCGGCCCCGCUCCUGCCCCGGCCCCCCGGCCAGGCCCUGCUGGCACGGCUGUGCAGCUCCUCGCAGCCCUCCUGCAAACUGCCCGGGAGCGGCCCCAGGGACGUCGCUGCUGGCAGCUGCACUGCAGCCCCUGAGGAGGAGGAGGAGGAGGAUGAAGGCGUGGAGUUCGGGACGCUGUCUGAUAAGUUUUCGUCUAGAAAGUAUUACCACAAAGCCUCAUCACGCUUUUGGGAUUUAAAGCUUCAAGGAGAAGAAGAAGAAGAACCAGAAAGGAAACCUCGACGCGGCCCUAAGAACACCCCGUACUGGUACUUCCUACGGUGCAAGGCCCUCAUCAAAGAGGACAAGCUGGCAGAGGCUCUGGAGCUGUUUGAGGUGCAGAUGCUGAAGGAGGAGCGUGUCUGGCCAGAGGAAAGUAAUUACACCGUUCUCAUUGGUGGCUGUGGCAGGGUUGGCUACGUGAAAAAGGCAUUCAGGCUGUACAAUGACGUGAGUUUAAGUUCUCUCUCAAAACGUUUUCCCAGCCUAAAACUGAUCCAAAAAUUCCAUUGCUUCACUUCGUCUCCGAAACGCCUUUGA